AUGCUUGCGAACCACAGUCCCAUCACCUCAACCCGGGGAAGUCCCUCCGCCUCCGACGAACAAUUGGAUUCGAAAUAUCUCUCGAUAUUCGACAGUCUCUUGUUUGACGGCGAUUCCUCCACAGAGGGCUGUCCAUCGGCUGGCUUUUUGACUCCUCAACUCCCAACUUGCCCUGAACCUCCAAGUACUGCCUCUAUCUCCGGAUCUCCUGAGCUGUGGUACCAUUCCGAUUUCAUGUCGCAAGACCACCCCUACAACAAUACGGAUACCUGCAAUACCCUGUCCAUGUUCCCGUCAUUCGACACAAACUCUUCAGUGCCAGUGUCAGGCGACUUUACAUUCAAUCUAGACCAGUUGAUGGCUCCACAGCCUAGCCUGGCGGGCAUCAAUUUCUCCACGUCCGGUAUCAUGGUGCAGAAACCGAAAAUAGCGGAAACAGAAUAUUCCAAUUCAUCGUCAGAUCUACCAAACAGCAAAAUUUAUAUCCCACAAGAGCCCACUCUUCUCCAACCUUCACUCUCACAACAUCCCCCACCAUCUCCACAAAGGACAUCUCACCAAUCUCCCACCCAAGCCCCCAAGAACAACGGCACACCCUCAAAUUUCGAUCCGCCCCGAAGCAAAAAGCGCUCUCUCGCAAGCUUCACCAAAGAAGAUUCCAGUGGAAGCGACAGCACCACCUCAAACUCCGAGGAAGAACGCAUCCUAGAAAAGCGACAACGCAAUAAGAUGGCCUCGCGGCGACUACGCCAGCGGCAGAUCGACCAUGUGUCUGAUCUGGAGUCACGGCUGGAGGAUAUGACCAAGGAGCGGGAUGAUUUGCGCUUGCAGGCCGCAAAAUGGGAGGCUGAGGUGAUGGUUAUGAGGAAGUUACUCGAUCAUGGGAGUGCGAGUAACUCAUAG